AUGCCUUACUGUCCUCCUUGCGACAGGCACUUCCGCCUAGAGAACUCUCUGGACCAACACAUCCGUGCUGUGCAUUCUCACACUUACUGUUGGCGCUGUGAAAGACACUUCCCCCAUGGACGUGCAAAGCAGCAGCACCUUGAGAACUCUGCACGACAUUAUAUUUGUACUCACUGCUAUCAUGAGCCCGACUUCGAUUCACAGGAUGAUCUGACGGAUCAUCUGAUAGAAGAACACCAUGCUUGUCUUUCAUGCGACGAGUACUUUUCCGACAAGGAAGACCUUCUGGAGCAUGAUGUGGAUGUUCAUGAUAAAUGCCGAACCUGCGGCCGAUUCUUCAGCUCGCGAUCGAACCUGAUCAACCACCGUAAAGUUCACGCCACGAAAAAUGUUGAAUGCCUAGGAUGUUCGAGGAUGUUCAUCUCUUAUUCAGCCAUGAUGCUCCAUCUUGAGGCCAACACUUGCGAGUCGGGGUCUAACGAACAUGACAUUAGACAGUUGGUCUGGGACUACUACGAGAUCUAUAGAUCCUGGAAUUCUGAUCACGACGGUGACCUUGAUUGUGAUAGCUGCGGAGCAUAUUUUAACAAACUGAGCGCGCUGCUGCAGCACGUCGAAAGUGAGAGCUGUUGCGAGGAUAUCUCGAACUAUAGUGGACUUUUCGAAUAUAUACGGCGACGUAUUUAG